GGAAGGGGAAGCGCAGCCAGCCCCUGAGAAACUGUUGGAGCCAGUGGUUCUCUUCUGCCCUGCCUCCCUCCACGUGAUUCAGCCUCCCAGCCCCGGGAGGGAGAGCCAGGAACAAUAACCCCAGGGCGCUGAAGAGACGUGCCAUGGCUCUGCGCAGCCUCCUGCUCCUGAUGCUGCCCUGGCUGGUCACUGCAGGGAGAGCUGCUGCCCCUGGGUGCAAGAUCCGGAUCACCUCCAAGGGCCUGGAGCUGGUGAAGCAGGAAGGGCUGCGCUUUGUGGAGCAGGAGCUGGAGCACAUCAGCAUCCCCGACCUGCAUGGGAAGGAAGGGCAGUUCCAGUACAACAUCAGUGGGGUGAAGGUGACAGACCUGCAGCUGGCGCUCUCCAGCCUGCACUUCCAGCCCCCGCAGCACCUCGCCUUCAACAUCAACAACGCCUCCAUCAGCCUGCGCUUCCGGCGCCAGAUACUCUACUGGUUCUUCUACGAUAUUGGCUCCAUCAACGCCUCUGCCGAAGGCGUCAACAUCGGCACCCUGCUGAAGCUGUCCAUGGACGAUGCCGGGCGCCUCAAGAUCUCGAGCGUGGCCUGCAAUGCCUCCAUUGCCAGGCUGCAGACUGGCUUCACGGGCACACUCAGGAAGGUCUAUGAAUUCCUGUCUACCUUCAUCACCACAGGAAUACGCUUCCUUGUCAACCGGCAGAUCUGCCCGGCGCUGCACUACGCGGGGCUUGUGCAGCUGAACUCGCUGCUGGGCACUGUGUCGGUGCGCAGCCCGGUGGAUGAGCACAUCAGCAUCGAUUACUCCCUCCUCAGCAACCCCGUCGUCUCCCCCGACACCCUCGAUCUGGACUUCAAGGGCAUGUUUUACUAUCAGUGGAACGAGACGCUGGUGAACCAGGCGGUGGCACCAGUGAUCAAGGAGACGGAGCGCAUGGUCUACGUGGCUUUCUCCGAGUACUUCUUCAACUCUGCCAUGGACGCCUACUACCGGGCGGGGGUGCUGAGCAAGGAGAUUGCAGGGGAGGAGGUGCCCAAGGAUCUGGAGGUUUUGCUAAGAGCCUCGUUCCUCGGAAGCAUCAUCAUGCUGAGCCCCGCUGUGGUGGACGCGCCCCUGAAGCUGGUGCUGCAGGUGUUGACACCUCCACUCUGGACAAUCAAGCCCUCGGGCAUCUCCGUCUCGGUUGUUGCUGUCCUUAACAUCUCCCUGGUGCCCGUCGACCACCCCGCCAUCCAGCUUUCCAGCAUGACCAUGGAUGCCAAGCUGAGUGCCAAGGUGUCAUUGCGAGGGAAAGCACUGCAGGUGCAAUUGGAUCUGAGAAGGUUCCGUAUCUACUCCAAGCAGUCGGCACUGGAGUCCCUCGCGCUGUUCCCAUUGCAAACCCCCCUGAAGACACUGCUGCAACUGAUGAUCAUGCCCAUCCUUAAUGAGAGGACAAAGAAGGGCGUCCCGAUCCCCCUGCCUGAGGGCAUGGACUUCACCAAGGAGGUGGUCACCAGCCACAUGGGAUUCAUCACGGUGGGGGCAGAUCUCCAUUUCUCCAAGGGACUUCGGGAGGUGAUUGAGAAAUACCAGCCUGCCCAGCCCAGCCCAGAAACAGCACCCCCUGGCUCUAACUCUUCCCUGCUGAGUUCCUUUAACACUACGGAGCCCCAGGCCACCCUGAGCUAGGAAGCAGCUGCCUGCUCAGCCUGUGCCAGGGAGAUGGCAGGAGCCAGCUCCUGCAACCCACAACUGGCCCAUGGAUGUAGCUGCUCCGGGAGGCAUGGCAGCAGCUGCACUGUGACACUAAUAAACACAGUUAGACACUGCCUGGGCAGUCUGGGCAUCACUGGCUGAGGAGCCUUUUCCAGCAGCUGUCAGAGACUGUUCCCCCUGCCCAUGCAGCUGAUGGGGGCCCAGGCACUGGGUCUAGAGGGAGCUUGGGGACACGUGGUGCACCUGCAUGCCACAGCAGCAGAAACAGCCCUUGCAGUAACCAAGCCUCCCCACCCCCGAUUAGGGAAAUCUGGGUCUCCAGUCCUGAGAGCUCCCCCCGGCUCAGCUCCAUGCUGGCCCCAAGGACACCCUGGAGCAUAGCUGCAUUGGCAGGGUAGCUUGCAGAGAUUCCAGAGGGAGGUGUUCUUGUGAACCCAGGGCCUCUUGCCUGACACCCCUCAGCCUCUGGAGCUAGCCCCUACUACCACCCCCUCCCAGCUCUUACCUCUGGGCAGUGAGCACUAGGUGCCUAGCUGCUCCCUCCCACCUAGCUGGAAUAGCAUUGCCCUGGCCCAGGCUACCCCUUUCACGCUGGGGCCCUCAGAGCUGCUCAGCGGCUUGCACUGCACUGCCCAGCACUAGGGGCAGGACAAGGUUUAGUUGCCUCUGGGGAGCACAGAGCCAGGCUGGGGUAGAGGUGAGGCCCAGACAGCAAGGGGAAAGGGGGGGUAGAGGGGAAGAGAUGAAGGUCUCCUCCAGCCCCUGGGAAGCUCCCAUUCUUUCCCCUACUCAUAC